AUGUCGCCAACCACCCAGUCUCCCGAAGACAUCAACGUCGCUAAGAGAAUACAUCUGUGCGACACAUAUAGAUUCGAUUAAUUAAAGCACCGUGGCCCGAUCUCCACGCUUACUUGAAGGACAGCAGUUAUCGACAUAUGUGGAUACAGAGAAAAGGAAGACAAGGCUCGUCGCUUACUAUUUGCGUAUAUAAGACGAAACUUCUGCGUUAUAAUUCCCGCUUUAUCGAAGCGCCUUUACAAUCAACAAUUUUUUUUUGCCUCGAAACCACCCGAUUUUCUGGGAUUGUCGGUCGUUCUAGAUAA